GUUUUUCCUUACAGACAAGAAAUAAUUGACGCGAUAAAAAAUGAACCCUUACUCGUAGUUAUCGGAGAGACCGGAUCUGGUAAAACAACGCAGAUCCCUCAAUACAUUUUAGAAAGUUUUCCAGAGUUUAGGCUGAUUGGAGUAACUCAACCUAGGCGCAUAGCAGCAAUUACUGUAGCUAAGCGU